GCUGCCCUUCACAGCGGCCAAAAUGGCGACGGCCACUAGCAUCAUCCAACGCUUCCGCAACUUCCUGGCGGGGCGGAACCUCCAGGCCAAGCUGGCGCUGCGCUACGAGGAGAUCUCCAAGAGAACUCAGCCGCCGCCUCGGCUCCCGGUGGGUCCCAGCCACAAGUUCGCCGAUAACUACUACUGCAGCCGGGAUGGACGGCGAGAGUCGUUCCCUCCCAUCGUGGUCGCGUCGCAGCAGAAAACUCUGGCGGCAGGGGCUCAGGUUGGCAGUUCAGGCUCUGCAGUGACAACAGCUGAUAAAAAACCGGUGACACCAGGACCACCACUUAAGAAGUGGGAAAUUUCUAAAGACCAGCCCUAUUUGUGAGCAGUGAGGGUGAACAAGGCUGGAUGUGCUGGUCACACUUUGUCAUAAAGCAGCACUCUGAGGGGGAGGCCUGUGGUGGACUUUGCAGCAGUGGUGCUCCAUGGAGCUUGUCAGCUGCUGCUGAUUGAUAAAUAAAUGUAUUUAAAGCUGUGGU